GCUCAGGCCACACCCAGUGCCUGAACCGACUUUGGUUUUUCUUAGCGUAGCUGGAGUUUUCCUGCGAGAACUGGAGAAACAAGGACUCAUGGAUGACUUCACCAGAAUGGAGGCCCGGAGACCCCGGGGGUGCGCCGGGUGCUCUCCGCGCGGGGUGGGGUGUGGGCCACCCUUAGACUCCGGCGCCCCGAAUCCGGCGCCGGCGAGGACGGAUAGGGACCUAUUACAACCAGGUGGGGACUUACGAUCGCAGACUCGAGGGAAUUUGGAUUGCCAGUCCUGGGUCAGAGAGAAAGUACUCUUCCUUCUGCACCCUGAGAGGUGGUUGGGAACACAAGCGGACCCUGUUAACGCAGAGCUAGUAGACAGCGAAGGCCUUCCCGCGAGGAUUGAAGACCACCGGGAUUCCGAACCGGAACGCAAGCUUUCCCGCAGGCGCAUUGCCACUGCCCCGGGAUCCAAGCCCAGGGACCCCGAAGCCACACCCAGGUCCGUUUUGGUGCGGGUCGUGGAUUACCAGGCGACGCAGGAGGUGCUGCGGACCGCGUGGACCAAGGGGCAAAUGACCACGAGGACCGAGGAGCGCUCUGUGACCGCAGUCACCUUUCGCACCCCGAGGGAGUGACACAGCUUGUGGGGCACCGGGACCCCAGGCAAACCCGGAUGUACCCGGUGUCGCUGAGGGAAGAUAAUUUUUCGCGCCAAGGAC